UCCUUGAUUUGCAGAAGGCACCUCAAAAUGUUGAGUCGAGCUGCUCUGAGCCCUUUUGUCCGUUCCCCUGGAUGGUGCUUUGUGUUACCGCCACGUGCCAUCACAGCCAUUUCCCAUUUAUAUCUCCCUCACCGUAACCAAAGAUUAAGGAAUGAAUCCAUCCGUUGUUGGAGUAACAUCCCAUUUAUCACCAUGCCACUCAGCCGUGCACAUGGAAAGUCAUUUGCACACCGCAGUGAGCUGAAGCAUGCAAAGCGGAUUGUAGUGAAGCUGGGUAGUGCUGUUGUGACUCGAGGGGAUGAGUGUGGCUUGGCGCUUGGGAGACUGGCAUCUAUUGUAGAGCAGGUGUCAAUGCUGCAAAAUCAGGGCCGAGAGAUGAUGAUUGUCACCAGUGGUGCUGUAGCUUUUGGAAAGCAGCGACUGCGUCAUGAGAUCUUGCUUUCUCAGAGUGUGAGGCAAGCACUUCAUUCAGGCCAGAGUCAGCUAAAAGAUAUGGCUAUUCCAGUCUUAGAGGCCCGAGCCUGUGCAGCAGCUGGCCAGAGUGGACUAAUGGCUCUGUAUGAGGCCAUGUUUACACAGUACAGCAUCUGUGCAGCUCAGAUUUUAGUCACCAACCUGGAUUUCCAUGAUGAACAGAAGCGUCGGAACUUAAAUGGAACACUGCAUGAGCUUUUAAGAAUGAAUAUAGUCCCUAUAAUUAACACUAAUGAUGCUGUCGUCCCACCUCCAGAGCCGAACAGUGAUCUGCAGGGGGUGAUUAGUGUGAAGGAUAAUGACAGUCUGGCAGCACGACUGGCUGUGGAAAUGAAAACUGAUCUCCUCAUUGUUCUCUCAGAUGUAGAAGGACUCUUUGACAGCCCUCCAGGAUCUGAUGAUGCAAAGCUCAUUGACAUAUUCUACCCAGGAGACCAGCAGUCUGUAACAUUUGGAACCAAAUCCCGAGUGGGAAUGGGAGGCAUGGAAGCCAAGGUGAAAGCAGCCCUGUGGGCCCUCCAAGGAGGCACCUCUGUAGUGAUUGCAAAUGGAACUCACCCAAAGAUCUCAGGUCAUGUCAUCACAGAUAUUGUGGAAGGAAAAAAAGUUGGAACCUUUUUUUCAGAGGUAAAGCCUGCAGGCCCUACAGUAGAGCAGCAAGGUGAAAUGGCUCGAGCUGGUGGCAGGACCCUGGCAGCUCUACAGCCUGAGCAGAGAGCAGAGAUUAUUUAUCGUCUUGCUGAUUUACUAACUGACCAGAGAGAAGAAAUUCUCUUGGCAAACAAAAAGGACUUAGAAGAGGCUGAAAAUAAAGGGAGAUUGGCACUUCCUUUAUUGAAACGUCUAAGUCUGUCUACAUCAAAGCUGAACAGCUUAGCCAUUGGUCUGCGUCAGAUUGCAGCAUCCUCACAGGACAGCGUUGGCCGUGUAAUUCGGCGAACACGAAUAGCAAAAGACCUGGAUUUGGAGCAGGUGACAGUGCCUAUUGGUGUUCUUCUUGUGAUCUUUGAGUCCCGUCCUGACUGUCUUCCACAGGUGUCUGCUUUGGCCAUUGCCAGUGGAAAUGGCUUACUACUUAAAGGGGGGAAAGAGGCAGCACAUAGCAAUCAAAUCCUUCAUCAUCUGACACAAGAAGCACUCUCUAUUCAUGGAGUCAAAGAUGCGGUGCAACUAGUGAACACAAGAGAGGAAGUAGAAGAUCUCUGCCGUUUGGAUAAGCUUAUAGAUCUAAUCAUUCCACGUGGUUCAUCACAGCUGGUCAGGAAUAUCCAGAAAGCAGCUAAGGGAAUCCCAGUGAUGGGACACAGCGAAGGGAUCUGUCAUGUGUAUGUGGACACAGAUGCCAGCGUUGAGAAAGUCACACGAAUAAUCAGAGACUCAAAGUGUGAAUAUCCUGCCGCCUGUAAUGCUCUGGAAACUCUCUUAAUUCAUCGAGACUUGCUGAGAACCCCGUUGUUUGAUCAGAUCAUAGACAUGUUGAGAGUAGAACAGGUGAAGAUUCAUGCUGGCCCAAAGUUUGCAUCUUACUUGACAUUCAGCCCCUCAGAAGUGAAAUCUCUCCGCACAGAAUACGGGGACCUGGAGUGCUGCAUUGAGGUGGUGGACAGUGUCCAAGAGGCUGUUGAACAUAUCCACAAGUAUGGAAGUUCUCACACAGAUGUUAUCAUCACAGAGAAUGAGAAAACAGCAGAGUUCUUCCUCCAGCAUGUGGACAGUGCUUGUGUUUUCUGGAAUGCCAGUACCCGAUUCUCUGAUGGCUAUAGAUUUGGACUUGGUGCUGAAGUGGGAAUUAGUACUUCUCGUAUCCAUGCACGUGGACCAGUGGGAAUUGAAGGACUCUUAACUACGAAGUGGUUGCUGAGGGGAGACAAUCAUGUUGUUUCUGACUUCUCAGAGCAUGGAAGCAUGAAGUAUCUUCAUGAGAGCCUCCCUCUCCCUCAGAGAAACACCAGCUAAGAACAUUGGGGUGGGGAGAGAGGGAACUCAGGGGAAUAAAUAUUUCCUGAAGAUGUUCAGGCUUCAGGGCGCUCGCUAGGGAGGGAGGUUGUUUUUCAUCUUCAGGAACAUUGUUCUUGGUCACUGUGCAGUACAAUGAAUACAAAAUGACCCCAUCUGU